CAUGCUCCUCGGGCUUGGAUCGUAGAUCCCCCUCUUUGAACACUAAAAUAACUCCUUCGUCUUUCAGCGUCCCAAGCAGACCCAGCGAGAAAACAAGCACGUGAGAGAGAGAGGAAAGAAAGAGGAGGAAGACGAAAAUCUGCAACCAAGGGGACUAAAGCAAAGAAAAAGAGUGCUUUGCUUGCACAGCUGCAAAGUGGGAAUUUCAAGAGCUGCAGAGAGAGAAAUUCCAGCUCAUCAGCACAUACACAUUGCAGAAUUACAGAUCCAGGUAGAAAUGACAUCAACAGGGAAAGAAGGCAGCGGAGCUCAACAUGCACAAUAUGUUGGACCCUAUCGUUUGGAGAAAACCCUAGGAAAAGGACAGACAGGGCUUGUGAAGUUGGGUGUUCACUGUGUCACGUGUCAGAAGGUCGCGAUAAAAAUUGUCAACAGAGAGAAGCUCAGUGAGUCGGUGCUAAUGAAGGUGGAGCGGGAAAUAGCCAUCCUGAAGUUGAUAGAACAUCCCCACGUUUUAAAGCUGCACGAUGUUUACGAAAAUAAAAAAUAUUUGUAUUUGGUGCUAGAACAUGUGUCAGGUGGGGAGCUCUUCGACUAUCUUGUAAAAAAGGGAAGAUUGACACCAAAAGAAGCCAGGAAGUUCUUCCGACAAAUCAUCUCUGCUUUAGACUUCUGCCAUAGUCAUUCAAUAUGCCACAGGGACUUAAAACCAGAAAACCUACUGCUGGAUGAAAAGAACAACAUCCGGAUAGCAGACUUCGGGAUGGCAUCACUGCAGGUUGGGGACAGCUUGCUAGAAACCAGUUGUGGAUCACCACAUUAUGCUUGUCCUGAAGUCAUCCGGGGAGAAAAAUAUGAUGGAAGGAAAGCAGACGUCUGGAGCUGCGGAGUCAUUUUGUUUGCGUUGCUAGUGGGCGCCCUGCCUUUCGAUGAUGACAACUUGCGGCAGCUGCUGGAGAAGGUGAAGCGUGGAGUGUUCCACAUGCCCCAUUUUAUCCCCCCCGACUGUCAGAACCUUUUGCGGGGGAUGAUUGAAGUGGAUGCCUCGAAACGUCUCACGCUAGAACAUAUUCAGAAACACAUAUGGUAUAUAGGGGGUAAGAAUGAGCCAGAACCAGAGCAACCAAUCCCUCGAAAGGUGCAGAUUCGUUCUCUCCCUUCCUUGGAGGAUAUUGAUCCAGACGUGUUAGAUAGCAUGCACUCGUUAGGCUGCUUCCGUGACCGAAAUAAACUCUUACAGGACUUGUUGUCGGAAGAAGAAAACCAAGAAAAAAUGAUUUAUUUUCUUCUGCUUGACCGGAAGGAGAGGUAUCCUAGUCAUGAAGAUGAGGAUCUUCCCCCUAGAAAUGAAAUAGAUCCCCCCAGGAAGCGUGUGGACUCCCCAAUGCUGAACAGGCAUGGGAAGCGGCGGCCGGAGAGGAAGUCCAUGGAGGUUCUCAGUGUGACAGACGGUGGAUCCCCGGUUCCUGCUCGCAGAGCUAUUGAAAUGGCACAACAUGGACAGAGGUCUCGGUCAAUCAGCGGAGCAUCGUCUGGGCUCUCCACCAGUCCUCUCAGCAGUCCAAGGGUCACCCCUCACCCCUCUCCAAGGGGAAGUCCCCUCCCUACCCCCAAGGGGACACCUGUUCAUACGCCAAAGGAGAGCCCAGCAGGCACACCCAACCCAACACCACCAUCCAGCCCCAGCAUUGGAGGAAUGCCUUGGAGGACACGGCUCAACUCCAUCAAGAAUAGUUUCCUGGGGUCUCCUCGCUUCCAUCGUCGGAAAUUACAAGUACCUACACCAGAAGAGAUGUCUAAUUUAACCCCAGAAUCAUCCCCAGAGCUUGCCAAAAAAUCCUGGUUCGGUAACUUCAUCAACUUGGAGAAAGAAGAACAGAUUUUUGUGGUCAUCAAGGACAAACCACUAAGCUCCAUUAAAGCUGAUAUAGUCCACGCUUUCCUCUCGAUCCCAAGUCUCAGUCACAGUGUCAUCUCACAGACAAGUUUCCGUGCAGAAUAUAAGUCCACAGGAGGUCCUGCUGUCUUCCAGAAGCCAGUGAAGUUCCAGGUGGACAUAACAUACACAGAAGGGGGAGAGGCACAAAAGGAGAACGGGAUCUAUUCUGUCACUUUCACACUCUUAUCAGGUCCAAGCCGUCGCUUUAAGAGGGUAGUAGAAACCAUUCAGGCACAGUUAUUAAGCACACAUGACCAGCCUUCAGUGCAGCAGUUAUCAGACACCACUAACUGUAUGGAGUUGAUGACUGGCAGACUUUCCAAAUGUGGCAGCCCAUUGAGUAACUUCUUUGACGUAAUUAAACAACUUUUUUCAGACGAGAAGAACGGGCAGGUGAGCCAUCCCCCCGGCACGCCAACCAAGCAUAGCGCAAACAGCAAGCGGAGCGAUUCCGGUUCUAAUGACUAUGGGUCUAGAGGAGACAAUAAGUACCCUGCUGGCAAAGACAAGGCAAAGAUGGUCUCAUCAGUCGGCCUACAAGACCAACCUUAAAUAAACACAUAAAAAAUUAAAUAACUUAGAGAAAAAAAAAACAAACAAAAAAACAAAACAAAAAAACAAAACAAAAAGAAAAAAGCAAGAAAGAAUGAAAGAAUAUUCCUUAGCAAGCUAGCCUCUAAACUAGAAGGAUGUAUAUACCUUGCCACAACAGUACAAAACUGUCUAUAGACAAAUUUUGUAUGAAGGAAUGACUGUAUAUAUAUACAUAUAUAUAUUUAUAUAUGAUAUAUAAUAUAUAUCUCAGAAACAAACACAAAAACAAACGAAUGAA